GCGCUGCAGUGUGCACCGCGAGCUGAGCGGCGCGGAGGGCGCGACUGGCGGGCCGGAAGGAGGGGUCCGCGCUGCCUUCGGAGCUCCAGCCCGCGCGCCAGAGCGCAGGCAGCACCGCGGGCCCUUCGGGCGGGCCCCGGCUCUGGGCACCGGGAGUCGGGACCGCCCGCCGGGGCGCCGGGACCAUGGCGCUGCGCGCCCGGGCGCUGUACGACUUCAGGUCGGAGAACCCCGGCGAGAUCUCGCUGCGAGAGCAUGAGGUGCUGAGCCUGUGCAGCGAGCAGGACAUCGAGGGCUGGCUCGAGGGAGUUAACAGCCGCGGCGACCGCGGCCUCUUCCCGGCCUCGUACGUGCAGGUGAUCCGCGCUCCCGAGCCCGGCCCGGCGGGCGACAGCGGCCCGGGCGCCCCGGCCCGCUACGCCAACGUGCCGCCCGGCGGCUUCGAGCCCCUGCCCGCCGCGCCGCCCGCCUCCUUCAAGCCGCCGCCCGACGCCUUCCAGCCGCUGCUGCAGCCGCAGCAGGCGCCGCCGCCGAGCACCUUCCAGCCGCCGGGCUCGGGCUUUCCGUACGGCGGGGGCGCCCUGCAGCCGUCGCCGCAGCAGCUCUACGGCGGCUACCAGGCCGGCCAGGGCAGCGACGAUGACUGGGACGACGAGUGGGACGACAGCUCCACGGUGGCGGACGAGCCGGGCGCGCUGGGCAGCGGCGCGUACCCGGACUUCGACGGCUCUUCGUCGGCGGGCGGCGGCGCGGCGGGCCGCUACCGCCUGUCCACGCGCUCCGACCUGUCGCUGGGCUCCCGCGGCGGCUCGGCGCCCCCGCAGCACCACCCGUCGGGGGCCAAGAGCUCGGCCACCGUGAGCCGCAACCUCAACCGCUUCUCCACCUUCGUCAAGUCCGGCGGGGAGGCCUUCGUGCUCGGCGAGGCGUCGGGCUUCGUGAAGGACGGCGACAAGCUGUGCGUGGUGCUGGGGCCCUACGGCCCCGAGUGGCAGGAGAACCCCUACCCCUUCCAGUGCACCAUCGACGACCCCACCAAGCAGACCAAAUUCAAGGGCAUGAAGAGCUACAUCUCCUACAAGCUGGUGCCCACGCACACGCAGGUGCCGGUGCACCGGCGCUACAAGCACUUCGACUGGCUGUACGCGCGCCUGGCCGAGAAGUUCCCGGUCAUCUCCGUGCCCCACUUGCCCGAGAAGCAGGCCACCGGCCGCUUCGAGGAGGACUUCAUCUCCAAGCGCAGGAAGGGCUUGAUCUGGUGGAUGAACCACAUGGCCAGCCACCCGGUGCUGGCGCAGUGCGAUGUCUUCCAGCACUUCCUGACGUGCCCCAGCAGCACCGACGAGAAGGCCUGGAAACAGGGCAAGAGGAAGGCGGAGAAGGACGAGAUGGUGGGCGCCAACUUCUUCCUGACGCUGAGCACGCCCCCUGCCGCCGCCCUGGACCUGCAGGAGGUGGAGAGCAAGAUCGACGGCUUCAAGUGCUUCACCAAGAAGAUGGACGACAGCGCGCUGCAGCUCAACCACACGGCGAACGAGUUCGCGCGCAAGCAGGUGACGGGCUUCAAGAAGGAGUAUCAGAAGGUGGGCCAGUCCUUCCGCGGCCUCAGCCAGGCCUUUGAGCUGGACCAGCAGGCCUUCUCGGUGGGCCUGAACCAGGCCAUCGCCUUCACCGGAGACGCCUACGACGCCAUCGGCGAGCUCUUCGCGGAGCAGCCCAGGCAGGACCUGGACCCCGUCAUGGACCUGUUAGCGCUGUAUCAGGGGCACCUGGCUAACUUCCCGGACAUCAUCCACGUUCAGAAAGGAGCUCUUACCAAAGUAAAGGAGAGUAGGCGACACGUGGAAGAAGGGAAGAUGGAGGUCCAGAAGGCUGAUGGCAUUCAGGAUCGCUGUAACACUAUUUCUUUUGCCACUUUGGCUGAAAUUCACCAUUUUCAUCAAAUUCGAGUAAGAGACUUUAAAUCACAGAUGCAACAUUUCUUACAACAACAAAUAAUAUUUUUCCAAAAAGUGACCCAGAAGUUGGAAGAAGCUCUUCACAAAUACGAUAGUGUUUAAUGACUGGACAUUGGAUUGUGGACUUUUUUCAAGUUCAAGGAUAAUUUCUACAGCAGAAUAAAAACUGCUAUCAAAGAGCUAUUGCCAACUAUCGGUGGUGGUACAAGGAUGGUUUUGUGUUCAACUGAAAUGCAGCUGAAUAUAUUAAUUAUGUAGGAAAUAAACAGUUAAUAUGGUUAUGUAAUAGAAACAGUACCACACAUUGUAACUAAAUUAUACUAUGUAUGCCUACACUACCAUUGUAACUUUUGGAAUAAUGAUUAUACUAUUUGCCUUAUUGCUUUUUGAAGUAUGGGUAUUUUAGUGCAUACUUUGUAGACCUCAAAACCCAUGAAGGGUCUCAAAGAAGCUGGCUGGAUAAAAGCCUGCUGUGGAUGCCUUUUUACUCUCACAGAUUGGGAUUACCUAAAUUCAACCUGUUCUCUGUUUACAACUCCAACUAGAGCAGCUAUGCGACUUUGUGCCUUUAGACUCUUGGUUUUUCAUUUCUCCCCUCCCCUCCCCCCCUUUUUAAGUAAGACACAACUUUUCUGAUUGAAAGAGGGAAAGGCCAGUGCGUCUAAUGACAAACUGAUGAUAACCUCAUGUUGGCAGUGGGGCUGGAGUGGGAGGAUCAGCUGUCAUUGAUCUGCACAACAAGUAUUAUCUCCUGAUAAGAUGCUCGUGAACACAGAGGAGUGAGACUCAGUGCUCCUCUUGUAUACAAAGUCUAUUAGGGAAGAAAUGGUGCCACUAUAUUCCCUUAGAUGCUAUAGCAGCAUAGCUUCUUCACACAAGUGUCCCAAAAACUUGGCGUGAAGAUUUCAGCAAGAUGUCUUACAACACGGAGAAGGAGGAGUCUAAUCAAUCAGGGGAUGAAAGUAUAGAAUCAGUGACAACACACUUUUAGUUCUUAGGAGGGUUUUGGGUUUUUUUGUUUUUUUUUUUUUUUUUUAGCUUGAAGAUUUUCUUUUAAUAAUUUUUUUUUUUUAAUGGAUCUACACUGUUAACUGAUUGAGACUCCACUGUGAUUCACUCGUUUACUUAAAAACUUUUCAGGGAUGUCUGUAAAUUUCAGUGUUUUACGUGAUGAAAAGUGGUGUUGGUUGAUCUAAGGAGGGACCAGAAAUAAUUUCUACUAUUCCAAAUACUGAAGGAAAAGAAUAAUUGAUUUAUACUGUGUUUAAAAAAAAAAGGUGUUGAUAAGCCCCCAGAACAUUUAACCUUAAAAAUUAUUUUAAAUAUAUUCUUUUAUUAUUAUAAGGGAAAUACAAAUGGCUGAUAAAUACCAAAAAGAUUCAAAAGCAGCUUAAUUUAAAAAGCACAAAGAGAUUUUGGCUUUAUCUCCAAAAUCUCAAUGUUUUUAUAGUUGCUGAACAAAAUAAUGUGAUUAUUGAGUUUACAGAUUUAAAAACUGUCACUGAAAGGUUAAAGUAUCUACUGUUUUUAUGAAGUCGGACUUAUGCUGUCUCAGAAAUCCCUGGGUACUGAAGUGGUGACACGGAAGUAAAGAGGUCAGUUGAAAUAUUGGUGAGUCACAAUGAUUAAAAAAAGGGUCAGUUUGCAGACAGUCAUAAAAAGAAAAGGUUAUUGAAAUAAUUACUCAACAGCACAUUUACUCUCUAAAAAGUAAUCUCAUGGGUUGACUUUUUAAGAUAAGAUUAUCAUAAUUUUGAUAUUUGUCAAAAUUUUGUACCUUAGGUUACUUAGAGCCAGAUUUAACAUCAUGUGGCUUUGUCUUUACUACCGGUAUAUGGAACUGUAACCAAAUAUAUUGCUCUUUAAAAAGUAACUUUCUCUUGUUGAUUGCAAAAUACAAUUCUAUAAACAAAACCCAUAUAUAUAAAUGUUAAUUUUAUUGCAGAAGUUUAGAAAUUAUAAAUAUAGCAUUUAAUUUAAGUUUGAGUCUGUAUUGGACAAAUAAGCACUAUGCUUUUCAAAUAAUUUGAAAUUCACUUUUAUUUGCCUCUUUAUUUUGAUGGUUUGAUUUUUUUUUUUUUAAAGUAAAAUGACUAAACUUGUGCAAUGGUAGCAUGGAAAUUAUCUGAGGAGUCUUGUAUGAUUGUACUUUAGCCAGGGUGGACAUAACUUAAAUUAUAAAAACUAAAGAUGAAAGUGCAAGGAAGUAUAAGUUCAUGCUGCCUACUUCUAAGAGAACUUUCAUUCUUCAUAACUACGUAAUGUUACAAUGCCACUGCUUCAUAAGGGGUUCAAAUUCUAUGGGGGGGGGACACCAGAAUUAUUAGUGUUCAUUUUCAUCUCAGAUCUUUAUUCUCUAACGUUCUUGGUCCUAUUGAAACAUUUCAGUAUACAAAAAUACUGCAAUGUUAAUACCCAAGAGAAAAGCCAUUAUCAUGUGUAUGCUGGUCAUCAUGAUCAGUGUGGUACAAUUUUUUAAAAUAAACUAUCAUGCCCUUCA